AGCGCAGCUUUGUCCAGCAGUGUGAGGACUCUAUCACUGCUGAGGUUCGCGAGCGCGGAGGAGGAGCUGUCAAAGUUUACAGCCAAGUCCAGCGAGUUUUCUCAAGAAGACGAGAAGGCAAGAUCUCUAUACGUUUAGAAACCCCUGAAAGAAGAGCUCUUCAAACUAUGGAGUGAAGUCUGAGAGGUUUUAAACACAAGAAAUGGCAGGACCAACUGAGAUCGGAUUGAUUUUUACCUUACUGCUCUCAUGGAGCUUCUGUGCGACGCCGGAAAAGAAAGUGUGUCAGGGAGCGAACAACAAACUGGCCCUUCUGGGAACAGUGGAUGACCAUUAUCAGAUUCUGGUAAAAAUGUACAGCAACUGCACCGUGGUUCUGGAAAACCUGGAAAUCACAUAUAUGGCAGAAAAACAUGACUUGUCUUUUCUCAGGAGCAUUCAAGAAGUUGGUGGUUAUGUUCUUAUUGGGAUCAACUCGGCUCCCAGCAUCCCCCUUGAGAAUCUGCGUAUCAUUCGUGGCCACUCCCUUUAUGAUGACAAAUUUGCCUUAGCCGUCCUCUCAAACUUUAACAGCAGCAUCGGACAAGGCGUGAACCAGUUACCACUGACUAGCUUAACUGAAAUACUGAAGGGUGGAAUAAAAUUUACUGGUAACAAUCAUUUAUGUAACGUGGAGACCAUCCAGUGGACUGACAUUCUGAACAUGAAGAGCCAGCCUAAAAUUGAAGAGCUGGUACCAAACUUGGCAAGACAGUGUAAGAAGUGUGACCCGAGCUGUCACAAUGGUUCUUGUUGGGGCCCUGGCCCUCAAAACUGCCAAACAAUGACUAAGGUGAUCUGUGCGGAGCAGUGCUCGGGCAGGUGUAAGGGACCCAAACCCAUUGACUGCUGCAAUGAACAUUGUGCUGCUGGCUGCACUGGACCCAAACCAACCGACUGCCUGGCCUGUAAGGACUUCCAGGAUGAAGGGACAUGUAAGGACGCAUGUCCACGGCUCAUGCUCUACGACCCCAACACCCACCAGCUCGCUCCCAACCCCGACGGGAAGUACAGCUUUGGAGCAACGUGCAUCAAGAUAUGCCCACACAACUAUGUCGUGACAGACCAUGGGGCAUGUGUAAGAACAUGCAGCCCUGGCACCUAUGAGGUGGAUGAGGGUGGAGUUCGGAAAUGUAAGAAGUGCGAUGGCCUGUGUCCAAAAGUUUGCAAUGGGCUUGGAAUGGGGCCUUUGACCAGUGUCCUGUCAAUCAAUGCCAGCAACAUCGACUCCUUUGAGAACUGCACAAAAAUCAGUGGAGGUGUUACAAUCCUCCCCACAACAUUCAGAGGUGACCAGCAUACUAAAACUCCAGUGCUGGAUCCAGUCAAGCUCAAUGUGUUCAGAACUGUAAAAGAAAUCACUGGAUACCUGGUGAUUCAGCAGUGGCCGGAAAGCAUGUCAUCCCUCAGUGCCUUUGAAAACCUUGAGGUCAUCCGUGGACGGACAAAACAACAAGGGGCGUUCAGCUUUGCUGUCACCCAAACUAAAAUCACACAUUUGGGCCUGCGGUCUCUGAGGGAGAUCAGUGAUGGUGAUGUGGUCAUCGGUCACAAUCAGCAUCUCUGCUACACCAGCCGUGACCACUGGAAACGCCUCUUCAAAUCUGAACAUCAGAGUGUCAGAGUGUCAGCAAAUGCUAAUGCUGCCACCUGCGCGAAUCGGAACAGCACGUGUGAUGAGAUGUGCACGACUGAUGGCUGCUGGGGUCCUGGUCCCACUAUGUGCUUCGUUUGUAAGCAUUACAGCCGUAAAAAACACUGUGUGGCUUCCUGCAACUUACUAGCUGGUGAGCCACGUGAAUAUGAGGUCAACAAAACGUGUGUCGAAUGUGACCCUGAAUGUCUGCUCAUGAAUGAUACUCAGACCUGCACCGGCCCUGGACCCGACAAAUGUGCAGCUUGUGCUAACUACAAAGAUGGGCCGCACUGUGUACCACGCUGCCCGCAAGGUGUACCGGGAGAGAAAGACAUACUCAUUUGGAAAUAUGCUGACGUGAUGCGCGUGUGCCAGCCCUGUCAUGAGAACUGCACACAGGGAUGUACUGGGCCUGAUCUAAAAGACUGCAAAGAUUUCAAAAGUUCGGGUUUGCCCAUGAUUGCCGCUGGCGUGGUUGGAGGUCUGCUGGCGUUUGUAAUCCUGGCUCUAGGAGUGGCUGUUCUAUUCCGCAGACGCCACAUCAGAAGGAAGAGAACCCUACGACGACUCCUGCAAGAAAGAGAGCUAGUGGAGCCUCUGACCCCCAGUGGCGAAGCCCCCAACCAGGCCUUGCUGCGAAUCCUCAAAGAGACGGAGUUCAAGAAGAUCAAAGUGCUCGGGUCUGGAGCUUUUGGCACUGUGUAUAAGGGCUUGUGGGUUCCAGAGGGAGAGAAUGUGAAGAUCCCCGUCGCCAUUAAGGUCUUACGAGAAGCCACGUCUCCCAAAGCAAACAAGGAGAUCUUGGACGAGGCCUAUGUGAUGGCCAGCGUUGACCAUCCUCACGUUUGCCGUCUGCUUGGGAUCUGCCUGACCUCCACCGUCCAACUUAUCACCCAGUUGAUGCCUUACGGCUGUUUGCUGGACUACGUCAGAGAAAACAAGGACAACAUCGGCUCACAACACCUGCUCAACUGGUGUGUGCAGAUUGCUAAGGGAAUGAAUUACCUGGAAGACCGCCAUCUUGUGCACAGAGAUUUGGCUGCUCGUAACGUGCUAGUGAAAACCCCUCAACAUGUGAAGAUCACUGAUUUUGGCCUGGCCAAGCUAUUAAAUGCGGAUGAGAAGGAGUAUCAUGCAGAUGGUGGAAAGGUGCCAAUAAAAUGGAUGGCACUCGAAUCCAUCCUGCAUAGGACAUACACCCACCAGAGUGACGUCUGGAGUUAUGGUGUGACAGUCUGGGAGCUGAUGACAUUUGGAACAAAGCCAUACGAUGGGAUUCCCGCUAGUGAAAUCGCAGAAGUUCUAGAAAAAGGAGAACGACUUCCUCAGCCUCCUAUCUGCACCAUUGAUGUGUACAUGAUAAUGGUCAAAUGUUGGAUGAUCGAUGCCGAGAGCAGGCCUCGCUUCAGGGAGCUCAUCGCUGAGUUCACCAAAAUGGCACGUGACCCACCCCGCUAUCUUGUCAUUCAGGGUGAUGAUCGGAUGCAUUUACCCAGUCCUUCUGACUCCAAGUUCUACCGCAGUCUGAUGAGUGGAGAGCUGGAUGAAGCUGUGGAUGCAGACGAGUAUUUAGUGCCCAAUCACAGCUUCUUCAGCAGCCCCAGCACCUCCCGCACGCAGCUGCUGCACUCUGUGAGUCUCAACAGCAGCAUUGGGAACUGUCACAGCAGAAACGGGAAUGGUGUUCCGGGAAGGGAGAACAGCAUGGUUCUGCGUUACAUCCCAGACCCGACAGAGCGGUUCCACGAGGGAGACUUCCAGCCCGCUCCAGGCUGGAAUGAGUCUCAAAAGCAGCAUUGGGAACUGUCACAGCAGAAACGGGAAUAUAUAAACCAGAAUGAAACACUGAUGUCCAACAUGACCAACCCAAUUUAUCAACACCCAGGACCCUCCCGCACGAUACCACACUCUACAUCAGCGUUGGAUGAAACUGAGGAAGAGUACCUCAACUGCUUCAAAAGCCCUGCUGUUGCCGCCCCACCCGAGUAUCUGAACACGUCCCACACGCAGCUCCUCUCUGGCCAGCCGUUCUUCAGCAUGCAGGGCUUCAACCCCCAAAACAGCAUGGACAACCCUGACUACCAGCAGGACUUCUGCCCCCUGGAGCUCAAAACACACACCAACGGCCACUUGCCAGCUGCGGAAAAUGCAGAAUACAUGGGGCUGGAAGUGCACUAGCAUAUUCUGGAGAAGAGUAACUGUUAAAAUGAGCCACUUUACAGUAGGUAAAAGAUGAAAGGACAUCUAUUUAUAGUGGAAACACAGGCAAACAUAUCGCUGAGUUGUAAGCCUGCCGUCAAGGAGCUUUUCAUAACCUGGGCUACCUUUCAAAUAUGCUUGUUUCGUUCUGAACUAGACUUGGUUGGAUUGAACAACUGUGGCUCUCUCCAAAUCUCAUAAGAGACUAUGAACGGCAACAGGAUAUGAAUCCCACGUCGAUGCCAGUAGAAACACGCUGGUGUGCUGAAAUGGCAUAUCAUGGAACAAGCUUGUCGACACGCAUGUUGAGACUGCUACUUAAAGCUGCAGUCCGUAACUUUUGGCGCUCUAGUGGUUAAUAAACAAAACUGAAUGCGCCUUGUAGCCGGAACUACUUCUCUCUGUUUGUGUCUGUGAUGAGUCACGCAGGUACUGGGCUACUUCCGCAGCGGUGCCGACCCGACCAGACUAAUAUAGUCCAAAUAUAAACACUUAUUAUAGGUGUACCGUAUAUUCAGGAUAAGACAAAAAUACGGUUUGGAAAAAAGAUUCAUGAUGUACUCGCUCAUUAUACAUUUUGUACAUUUUGAACACAAAAAAGUUACGGACUGCAGCUUUAAGUAUUCUGGUUUCAGUCAAGUCAAUAAUGUUUUUAAUGAGCAAACAAAUUACUGUGCUGUCUGGAAUCAUAAAACUUGGCAGUGGCCCCAGAAAGUAUUUGGAAAUUUAAGUCACAUUUAAAAAAUGUCUGAAUUUCAUUGCAAACAUGAACUGAAUAUGAACAUGAACAUUUCCACCAGAAAGUGUGUAAUAUUUUUAUUUUUUUUGUCUUUAUUUUGAAUAAUAUACACUAUUGUUCAAAAGUUUGGGGUCAAUAAGAUUUUUUUUAAACAAAUUAAUGUUUCUAUUCAGCAAGGAUGCAUUAAAUUGAUCAGACUUUUACAAUGUUACAAAACAUUUGUUUCAAAUGUGUUCUUUUGAACUUUCUAUUCAUCAAAGGACCCUUGUAAACAAUCCGAUCUCACGGCAAUUUGUACGUAUUUACGAGUUGCCAAAUUUGUAUGAAUUCAUACGAAUGCCCUACCCCAACCCUGCCCCUAAACUACCCAUCACUGGGGUUUAGACAAAUCGUAUGAAUUCGUACGAGUGAGGUCGUACGAAUUAGCCACCUCGUAAAAUGCGUACGAAUUGGUCGUGAGAUAUCGUUGCCUGAAAAUGCAUCACAGUUCCCACAAAAAUACACAGCAGCACACUGUUUUCAACAUUGAUAAUAAUAAAAAAAUGUUUCUUGAGCAGGAAA